UACCUUUUAUGGGUUUAUAAUGGUGAUCAUUAAACCUUCGGGCCGCGACCUGAUUAUUCACUUCUAAAAGAGCGAAAAUUUGCUGGAGACUUGGACCGCAACAACUUCCAGCAGCCGUAAGAUAUUGAUCUGAACACGAAACACAAUGUGGGCACAGCGGUCGAUAGUGAAUGUGGUGUGCUUUAGCUUGUUGGCCACAUGUCAGGCUCAACGUGCCGAACAGCUGCUGGCGCAGAACCCUUGUUCGAGUAAGACGACAUGCAGCGAGUGCAUACGAACGCCUAGCUGCGCCUGGUGCUUUGCCCCCGGAGGGCCGAUCAAUGGGCCUCGGUGCUUCAAUCCCGCUAUGGAAGGCGGCGUUAUAGCUGGGUGUAGCGAGGAGUUUAUCUUCAACCCUGACAGCCGACGAACUAUCGACCCUGAAUUUAACAGAGAGCUAAGCAGAGGGAGAAAUCAGCAGUCGAUGUUAACGUAUGAAGAGUCAUUGAGUCAAGGUAGCAGUUUCGGAGGCGGCGGUGGCAUGGGUGGCGGCGGGUCGGGAUCCGACCUUGUGCAAAUUAAACCACAAAGGGCCAAAAUGCAACUUCGAAUGGGUGAAAUGCAGCAACUGUCAUUCGCAUACGCUCAAGCGCAAGAUUACCCAGUAGAUCUCUACUAUCUCAUGGACUUGAGUAGAUCCAUGAAAAACGAUAAAGAAAAGCUGAGUACACUCGGCAGUCUGCUUUCCAGCACUAUGAGAAAUAUCACUUCAAAUUUCAGGAUUGGUUUUGGAUCUUUCGUCGACAAACUUGUUAUGCCUUAUGUAUCUACUGUUCCCAAAAAUCUUAUCUCGCCCUGCGAAGGCUGUGCAGCGCCUUACGGAUUCAGAAACCAAAUGUCAUUGAGCAUCGAUACAGAUUACUUUGAGCAUGCAGUGGCCCAAGCAGACGUUUCUGGCAACCUGGAUGCACCGGAGGGCGGAUUCGACGCGAUCAUGCAGGCCGUUGUGUGCAAGCAAGAGAUCGGUUGGAGAGACAAGGCCAGAAGACUACUCGUCUUCUCUACAGACGCUGGGUUCCAUUACGCUGGUGACGGUAAGCUUGGUGGUAUUGUGCAACCAAACGACGGUGAAUGCCACAUGGAAAACAAUGGGUACACUCACUCUACUGUUCAAGAUUAUCCCAGCAUUUCGCAAAUAAACCUGAAGGUGAAGAAGCAUGCGAUAAACGUGAUAUUCGCGGUAACAGCAGAACAGCACCAUGUAUAUGAAGAACUGAGUAAACAUAUCGAAGGCUCAAGCAGCGGAGUCCUUAGUGCAGACUCUGACAACGUCGUCGAUCUCGUGCGGGACCAGUAUAACAAAAUUACGUCAACAGUCGAAAUGAAAGAUACAGCGAGUGACGCAUUGCAAGUGGUGUAUUAUUCAUCGUGUCUCGAACCCAAGGAUAAGAAAACACAAACCAAUGUUUGCGACGGACUUAAGGUGGGAGACGUAGUUGAAUUCACAGCAGAGAUCACGCUUAAAGAAUGUCCAAAAGACCCGAAUCAAUGGCUACAGUCGUUUGAUAUCGCACCUGUCGGUGUUUCUGAAAGUCUCACUGUCAAUGUUGACAUGAUCUGCGACUGCCCUUGCGAGCAUCCUGGACAAUUCGCAUACGAUGACAGGCCGGAGGUCUGCAGCGGCUUCGGCGUGUCGAAGUGCGGGGUGUGCGUGUGCUUUCCGGGCCGCUUUGGCAAGAACUGCGAGUGCUCGGAGAGUGUAGGUGGUGGACCCGACCUUGAACGCGGCUGCCGCCCGCAUAAUGUCACCACUGGGCCCGUCUGCUCCGGACGCGGCUCCUGCCUUUGCGGCGUCUGUGACUGCGAGAAGAUGCCUGACCCCACUAAGGUUAUAUCAGGACCGUUCUGCGAGUGCGACAACUUCUCGUGCGACAUGAACAAGGGCAUGUUAUGUUCGGGGCCAGAUCACGGCGAGUGUGUAUGCGGCAAGUGCGCCUGUCAGCCCGGCUUCACCGGCCCUGCUUGUCAGUGCAGUUUGGACAAGGAACCUUGCCGGUCACCCGAGAAUGGCGAAAUCUGCAGCGGUAAUGGUCAAUGCAUGUGCGAACAGUGUGUGUGCAAGAGCGACGACGAGCAUCACUUCUCCGGAAAAUUCUGCGAAAAAUGCCCUACAUGCCCAGGACGUUGUCAGGAGUUCAAAGACUGCGUGCUUUGCGAAGUGCAUAAGAGAGGACCUAAUUACAACCCAAACACGAAGAUUUGCGAGAAUUGCACUCUGUAUCCUGAUAUUGAAGAGGGCAAGAUCGAAGCGAACGAAACAAUGAACGAGCAUCUGUGCAGUUUCUAUGACGAUGAAGAUUGUCUUUAUGUGUUUGUAUACUCGUUCAACGAUACGAAGCCGUACAUAAGAGCGCAAAAGGAACGAGAAUGUCCUAAGAAGGUAUUUAUCCUGGGUAUAGUCCUGGGCGUGAUCGCCGCUAUCGUACUGGUGGGACUCGCACUUCUUAUGCUAUGGAAAAUGGUCACCACCAUUCACGACAGGCGGGAGUUCGCGCGAUUCGAGAAAGAACGCAUGAUGGCCAAAUGGGAUACUGGCGAGAAUCCGAUUUACAAACAAGCAACAUCAACCUUUAAAAAUCCCACAUACGCUGGAAAAUAAGGAUCUGCGGGGAGGUAGCAAAUAUAGAAUUCAUCUGGAAUAUAGUGGUAGCGAACAAAGCGCAUUUAAAACAGCUGAUAUUUAAAGUUUGUAGUCUUGUAGAUUUCUAGAAUUUUUUUAUGCUAUAGAUUAUUUUCUAGAUCAGAUUACUAAUAGUGAAAUUUUCACUUUGAUUUUAAUAUGAAUGUAGCAUUAUACUAGACUAUAUGUAUGACAAAUAAACGCUUAAAGAAGUUGCCUUAAAAUGUGCCUUUAUGCUACGAAUUUUAAAAUUACGCACAAAAUUCAAUCUCAAUAAAUAAUGGAGAUAAUUCCCAAUGUUUAUUGCGAACAUGGUCCGUUUUAAUAUCAAGUUAUGUGCGCUUUUUGUACUUAUGUGUGUGUGUGUGUGUGUGUAUGUCGUAUGUAUUAAUGUAUUUUGUGUUUGUGUAUAUUGAUAUCGGACAUAGUAUGCGCCUCUUUUAAAUU